UCUGUAGGUGACUGCAACAGAUGCUGACGGUGGUUCCUUUGGCUCCAUUACGUACUCCCUGGGGUCUGGCAGUAACAGCGCUGUUCCUUCUCAGUUCACUAUUGGCAAAGAGACCGGGCAGAUCUGCACUAGCGCUGUACUAGACCGGGAUCAAGGGCCAGACAGUUUCGACUUUACCGUUACUGCACUGGACGGGGGUGGACUGAGCUCAGUAGCCUAUGUGAAGGUGGACCUGGUCGACAUUAAUGACAACAGACCCUCUUUCUACCCACUCAACUAUGCCAUUAGUUUGAGCACGCAGAGUGCUCCUGGGACAUCCGUUGUCAGAGUGAUGGCCUAUGACCCGGACUCUGGCGAGAACGGCAGAAUUACAUACAAAACGGUACCUGGAGGGGCUUCUCCCUACUUUACCCUCAACAAAGACACAGGUGUCAUCUCCUUGUCUCGGUCAGUUUAUGGGAAAGCCAACUCUGUCAUUCCCAUGACAAUCUCUGCUCAAGAUGGGGGUGGUCUGUUCGCCUUGGUUAAUGCCAAAGUUAACAUUAGCGUGGUGGCAGGGCUGGUGGCACCACCUGUAUUUGAAAAGGCUCGGUAUUACUUCACCGCAUCAGAAGAUGCCCUGCGUGGAACAGUUGUUGGCAUGGUCCAAGCCAGCAGUAAAACAGGAGCCUCGACACAUAUCUCUUACACCAUCAGCUCCGGUGACCCUGCAGGCCUCUUUACAGUGGAUCCUGAUACUGGAGUCCUAAGAACCAGUCUGCCCCUGGAUCAUGAAUCCCAGUCAUCUGUUGAGCUGGAGGUGCAGGCCCACAGUGGCAACCCCCCAGCCUUCGGACAGACCCGUGUUCACGUCAUCAUUGCAGACGUCAAUGACAACCCACCGGUUUUUCUGCCCUCGUCCUCAGAGUCCUUACUGCUGCCAGAGCAUACAGAAAUGGGCACAGUGGUGUAUCGAGUCCAAGCUGAGGACAAAGACACAGGAGUCAAUGGACAACUCAGCUUUGAACUUUUCUCUCCAAGUGGAUUCCAGAGGAUCUUCAGCAUAGAGCGCAGCAGUGGAGAGAUCCGAUUGAUAGGAAGCCUGUGCUAUGACACUAGCCCUCGGUAUGAUCUCCAGGUGGUAGCUAAGGAUAGUGGAGCACCCCAGCUAAGCGCCACACUCAUGCUUGUGGUCCACGUCCAAGCAGAGAAUGGUCAGGGACCUGUGUUCGAUACCCUCACCUAUCGUGUGGAGCUAAAAGAGGGAACACCAAUCAACACACGCUUCCUCCAAGUUAGGGCUUUGAGAAGAGAGAUUCCUGGCUCAGGUCAGUCUGGACAGCUGACGUAUCACCUGCGUCCUGAUGGAGAUGCUGCUGGCUUUGGCAUUGCUGGCGAUAGUGGCUGGCUGUUUGUGAAGAGUGCCCUGGACAGGGAAGUGAAGGACAUGUAUCUCCUGACGGUGAUGGCCAGCGUAGGCCACGGGCAGCUGAAGAAGACAGGCAGCGCCACGGUGCGGAUAUCGGUGACCGAUGAGAACGACAAUUCUCCCCGGGUCACACAGGAGAGGGUUUUUAUGGCCGUGAAAGAGAACCUGCCUGCAGGAACGGGCUUUGGUCACAUGCUUGCAACAGACAGAGACAGUGGCUCCAAUGGACGCCUCAGCUUCCGCUUCCUGCAUCCCGACCGCCACUUCCAGAUCAACACACAGACAGGUGAAAUCAGCACAAGGAUGACUCUUGACAGAGAACAGCAGUCAAGCUAUCAGCUGGUGGUUGUGGUACAAGAUGGCGGUUCACCUCCUCGUACUGCAACGGGCACGGUCUUCAUCACUGUACUGGAUGACAACGACAACGACCCGUUUUUUAGCCACAGCCAGUCAGGAAAAGGCAUUGUUAUACAGGUGACAGAAGGUCAAGCUCCAGGAGUUGUGCUGGGUACAUUACAAGCCAAAGAUCCUGAUGAAGGGGAGAAUGGCACCAUAUUCUACACGUUGUCAGGUCCCAGGGCGGAGCGCUUCUCUUUGAACGCAGUCACUGGUGAGCUCCAUUCAUCAUCCCCGCUUAGCCACUCAGAACGAGCUGAGUACUCUCUGACAGUGACCGCUACUGACAGAGGACUGCCCCCUCGCAGCGCCUCCUGCUCUCUCACCAUUCAGGUUGUCCCCAUUAACAGGCUUACCACUAAGACAAAUUCCCACUCCCUGUCUUUUAACUCGGUGGAGGAGGCCAGCCCUGGCUCUGUUGUUGGCUCAGUUUGCCUCCAUGACAGAGGAACGUUGGAGGAAGGCAAGGUUACCUACACAGUGGUAGGAGGAACAGACAAAGAAGGGACCUUUGUUGUGGACCGCCAAACUGGUGAUGUCUACCUAGCUCGUCCCCUUGAUUAUGAACGAGACGUACGAUACAACUUGAAAAUCGAGGUGAACGACUUCUCACAAACACCUCCUAGCAGCACCCUUGUACACUUGGACAUUGACAUAGAGGACAGCAAUGACCACACUCCCGAGUUCAUGGAGGACCCCAUCACCAUUGUCAUAUCAGAGAAUGUGGCGGUGGGUUCAUCCGUCUACACUUUCCAGGCCACAGAUAAGGAUGGCAGUGGGCCCAACAGCGAGCUGGUGUACUCCAUUCUCCACCAGUGGCCAGACACACCUGACCUAUUGACCCUUGAUCCUGCGACUGGUAUUCUCUCCUUGGGCCGCCAGCUGGACCACGAGCUCACUUCAACACUGAUCCUUGUGGUAAAGGCCACAGAUUCUGCCCCCGAGGCCAGCCAGAGGCGCUGGGGUACCGUCACCGCGAGGGUGUACGUGACCGAUGAGAACGACAACCCGCCAGAGUUCAUAUCCCCAACAGCCGUCAGCGUGAUGGAGGACCAGCCCGUAGGCUUUGUGGUGCUCUUCGUCAUGGCCAGAGAUGCAGACCAAGGGGAGAAUGGUAGAGUGACUUACAGAAUCCAGUCAGGCAACACCGGAGGAACAUUCAGCCUCAACCCUAACACAGGUUCCCUGUCUAUCUUUAAACCUCUGGAUCGUGAGGAGCAGGACAUCUUUAACCUCACAGUAAUCGCUGAGGAUCAUGGGAUACCCCAGUUCUCAUCCAGCCAGCUGCUGUGUGUCCAUGUCAUCGAUGUGAAUGAUGAAGUGCCAUGGUUCGAGGAGAACCAGUAUGAGGCCCAAAUCUCUGAGAACCAGCCUCCAGGAACGAGUGUUUUGACAGUGUCUGCCUCUGAUCUCGACCAAGGAAUCAAUGGGCAAGUGACUUAUGGUGGCAUUUCACAGGGAGAAUUUAGCAUCAACCCACUCACCGGUGUCAUAACAACCACUAAGCCUUUGGACAGAGAGUCUCAGAGCUAUUAUAUUGUCACAGUUUACGCAAAAGACGGAGGCCUUCCACCCAACUAUGCCAAGGCGACAGUGAAGAUCAGGGUGCUUGAUGUUAACGACAAUGCUCCUGUCUUCGGUCGUCUUUACUACACCAUCGAGGUGCCUGAGAACAUGGAGGCGUUACCUCUUUUUACUCUCAGAGCGAUCGACACCGAUACAGGAGAUAGUGGGGAGAUAAACUACAGAAUCGCAGCUGGCAAUCCAUCUGGAGACUUUCACCUAGACAGACAGUCAGGGGUGUUGUAUACCUCAAGACCUCUGGAUCGGGAGAAGAGAGCAGGAUAUACUCUAACGGUCAUAGUUCAUGACCAGGGCCGCCCCCCCCUCAGCAGCACCGCCACUGUAGAGGUGACAGUCCUGGACGUCAAUGACCACAGCCCACAGUUUCAGAGCAGCGACUAUACCGCUGACAUUUCGGAAGACGUUCCCAUUGGUUCACUGGUUCUAGAGGUGAAAGCCGUUGAUAUGGACUACGGGGCCAACAGCCAGGUCAUGUACUCUCUUAGCCGUGGCUCCCAGAGCAUGUUCAUCAUAGAUCAGAGCACUGGCCGCAUAAUCACAGCCGCACCCCUAGACAGAGAGAGAACGGCCUCUUACACGUUUGAGGUCUGUGCCACCGACUCCUCACCUGCAGACCCACACAACUCUACAGCUCAGGUGACCAUCUACAUUCAGGAUGUGAACGACAACGCCCCCUUCUUCAUCCAGGACCCGCUCAUUGUGAAUAUAUCUGCCAGUGGAGUCUCUAGCCGUCGAGUGUUGGCCACAAUGAGAGCAGAGGACAAGGACUUUGGGGCGAAUGGCUCAGUUUUUUAUCGUUUUGCCAACCCAGUGAGGGGCUUUACCAUUAACUCCCUUACAGGAGACAUUCAGGCCACCGAAAACCUACAGACCCUCACUCAGAGUCAGAGGACUUUGAUAGUUCAAGCCAUGGAUCAAGGAAACCCAGCUCAGUCUUCUCUUGGGGUGGUUGUAAUUUAUAUUAAGGAACAGAGUUACAAGGGCAUCCGCUUCUCACGCACGGCAAGAGACGUCAGUCUGCAAGAGAACGCCGCUAUAGGCACAGUGGUGACCCAGACUCACGCGCAGUACCCCGAUGGAUCUAAAACCGGGAUCAGCUACAGCAUUUUCAGUGGGAACAAAAUGCAUUCUUUUGGAAUAAACACCAUUACUGGUGAAAUAUGGGUCCAGAAAUCUGAAGGAAUCGAUUAUGAAGAGACCCCAAAACUCCGCCUAGUGGUGAAAGCUGAGACAGCAUCCUCCAGCUCAUACAUGGCUGUCAACUUAAUUCUGCAGGAUGUAAAUGACAACUUGCCACGCUUCCAGCUCCAGAACUAUGUAGCGUAUAUAAGAGAGGCACAGGGCUAUGAUUUCCCCCUCAUCCAGGUCGCUGCAGAUGACCUGGACCACGGUCAAAAUGGUCAGGUGACCUACUCUAUCAGGUCGUCUUCCAUGAGUGGCUUAUUCAAGAUAGAUCCAUUGACUGGUAGCAUCACAACGGCGGCUAUUAUGGACAGAGAAAUCUGGACCCAAACAAAGCUUGUUGUCACGGCAACAGACCGGGGAACCCCACGGCUGGCUGGCUCUGCCACUCUUACUGUGAUCAUCAUCGACCUCAAUGACAACAGUCCCACAAUUCCUCUGCCUCGGGAGAUCCGGGUGCCUGAGGAUACUCUCAUUGGGACAGUUAUCACCCAGGUUACAGGGAAUGAUGUGGAUUCAGGACCACCCCUCUCCUAUACGCUACACCUGGAUGUUAACAGCCAAGGCAUGUUCGGGAUUCAUCAUUAUGGAGGAGGAGUGUCUCUGACUGGACCUCUGGACUAUGAGGAAAGGACAUGGUACACUCUGACAGUCCGCUCCUCGGACUCCAAACAUCAAAGCGAAGCCAACCUGACUGUGCUGGUGGACGAUGUGAAUGAUAAUGCCCCCAUCUUUACACAUGAUUUGUAUCAGGCAACUGUGUCAGAGCACCUCCCAGCAGGCAGCGCAGUGAUCACAGUAACCGCCACUGACCGGGACUCUGGGGAGAAUGGGAAGAUUACUUAUAAAGUAACAUCGUCCACUAAGGGUGUUUUCUACAUUGACCCAAGCAAUGGUACUCUCUUCGUCAAGCAAAAAUUAGAAUUUGAUUUUGAUCAUCCGUCCAUUCUGGUGGUAAUUGAGGCGCACGACCGGGGAACUCCUUCCCUGUCAGCCUUUGCCACGGUCCAAAUACAAGUGUCUGAUGUCAAUGACAACGCCCCCAUCUUCCACCAGUCAGAGUACAAAGCCUCUGUGUCUGAAGAUGGGCUGCCUGGCUCAGCUGUUUUGACAUUAGAAGCUGUGGAUGGAGAUCUUUUUCGGGACAAUUGCGGUUUCGAUUUUUCCAUUGCCAGUGGCAACACUGGUAAUGCCUUCCAGAUUGAGAGCAGUGUGCGUUUCAUAGAAGGGCAGGGCUUCCAGACAGUUGGCAGCUUGAUCCUGGUUGAGAAGUUGGACUUUGAAGUAGUACCAAGUUAUAACCUGACUGUAGUGGUGUCUGAUCGCGGAAUCCCACAGCGUAGUUCCAGUGUGCCUAUCCUUAUCAGUGUUACUGACACAAACGACAACCCUCCAGCGUUCACCCGAACAGAUUACAAUGUUGUCUUGAAUGAGGGAAUUGCAGCAGGGACAGAGAUCUUACAUUUAUCUGCCACUGACCCUGAUUCUGCCCCUAAUGGAGAGGUGCAGUACUUCAUAAGCUCAGGAGAUGAGACACAACUUUUUCAGAUGGAUCGUUGGACCGGAACUUUGAGCCUGCAAAGACCUCUCGAAAGCAAAACAAAGUUGUCUCAUGUGAUUGUUGUCCAGGCUACUGAUGGUCAAGGGCAUUACGCAUUGGCCCCCGUUAGUAUAGAGGUAAAAGACAUCAACGAUAAUAGACCGUUCUUUCCUCUGAAACAAGUGACAGUAAGCAUCGUGGAGAACCAACCCCAGAAUGCCUUAGUUACCAAACUUUACGCCAUUGACCACGACAGAGGUGCUUUUGGACAGCUGAGAUAUUACAUGUUAGAUACAUCUAGAGAGGGAAGAGAGAGUUUCCUCAUCAAUCAAACAUCAGGAGAAGUGCGGACUCGCUCUACUUUUGACUUUGAGAAGAUCCCCUUUUUCCAUUUUGAGGCUGUUGCAAUGGACGCCAGCAACUAUUCUGCCACCGUAGCAGUACAAGUUUAUAUUACUGGGGAGGAUGAGUAUGAUCCCGUUUUCACUUCCUCAGAAUUCAUGUUUGAAGUGCCUGAAGGAGCAAGGAAAGGUCAAAUUGUAGGCAAAGUACAAGCCAGGGAUGAGGAUGGGGGUGUUGAUGGCAUUGUUCUCUACUCAUUAUCGGACAAUUCGCCUUAUUUUGAGGUCAAUAAGUCAACAGGAGCAAUUUCCCUGAAGAUGGACAGCAACAGUAGACACAUGAGCCGCUCAAAGAGAGAGGUUCGUCUGAUAACACUAGAUGUGAUCGCUCACAGCCCUCUGGAGACGUCUCGCACAGCUGUGACCAAAGUUUCCAUAGAUGUCAGCCACACGUCUUUUGGUCUCUCCACUGAUAUGAAUUUGCUGCUCAUCAGUAUUAUUGCAGUCUCACUGGGGACCAUAGUCAUGUUGAUAUUAAUCGCUGUGGCAUUGUUUUUCCUGAAAUGUCGACGUCACAAAUCUGAGCAAAAAGGACAGAAAAGGGCCGAAAUGCCUGGCACCCUACUUCAUAACCUGGAGGAGACCAAACUCGCAGCAAAUGAACUGAUUUACCAUCAGGCUCUUCCUGGAUACGCUGCAGAUCAGAGUGGCAGCAGUGGGGGUCCGUAUACUCGCGGCGGAUCCCUGGACCCCUCCCACUCUAGUGGCCGUGGCUCUGCUGAGGCCGAGGCAGCAGAGGAUGAUGAAAUCAGGAUGAUUAACGAAUACCCUCGAGUGUCGAGUAUCUCAUCCUCCAUGCAGGAGCGUAUUUCUGCUAGAGGUCCAGACUCUGGAAUACAGCAGGACGCUGACCAGCUAUCAGACGUGUCCUGCGAGCCCUCCGUGGAUUGGUUCAAAGGGAAGAAAAUGGGCAAUUUAAAUAGCACUAUAUUUGCUGGCCAGGUGCCAGUCUACAGAGAUGAAGGAGGCGGGUAUGUGGGUGUGGGGCGGGGACUCAACAUUUCCAACCCUAAAGACUACAUUUUUCCUGAGGAUGGAAAGCCCGCGGUGGAUGGGUCACUCACAGCCAUUGUGGCCAGCGAUGAGGAGCUGAGGGGCAGCUAUAACUGGGACUAUCUCCUGAACUGGUGCCCCCAGUUUCAACCAUUAGCGAGUGUGUUUACUGAAAUAGCCCGUUUAAAAGAUGAAACUGCACCCUCCCAUCCUCGCAGGUCAUUUCAUCACAAAGCAAAAGCAGAGUCAAGAAUCGACCCGCCACCUCUCAUUACCUCCGUGGCCCAUCCUGGAGCUAAAACUGUUCCUCCAAAACCGGCCGUAUCGAGGACAUUCCCUCAGUUGGCCUCUUUCCGGAGAUCUCCACUCAGCGCUGAGGGAUCCAUCUCCUCAGUUGCAAUGUCUCCAAGUUUCUCCCCCUCUCUUUCGCCGUUGGCAGCGCGUUCUCCUGCAAUUACGCCCUUUACUGUCUCACAGGGCCCCUCAGCAUCCAUGAUCAGCACAACAGAACACAAUCUGGAACACAGUGAGGAGGCAGAGCUGCGGAUUUGAAUUAAAAUGGCAGGAUUAAAGCGGAGUAACUGCUGUCCCAGACUUGCUCUACUGUAUGACCAUAGGCUGCAUAUGAGUUCCGGUCUCCUCUCUGUUCUGUUUCUCAAGACAACAGGUACUGGCUUUUGUAUCAAAAAGUAAAAAAAACUGAUACUGUGGUGCUUUCUGAAGUCAUUUCUGAGGUUACGGGCCAAAAAGGACUAUGCCUACAUGUGUGUUUGUGUACGUGUGACAGAACCUUAUUAUCUUAUGUUGAUUACAUUGAUUUGCACAUACAGAUGGAAAUGCAUACAUGAUGUCAAUAUUUUGUACAAAAUCAUUGUCUAUAUUUUUAUACUUCAGUGUGGUUUCUUACUACAUACAUUACAUUGAAAGGUUACAAAAACCUCAAAAUAUUUCUAUAUUUGUAUAUUUGUAGCUUGUACUGUACACCUGUUCUUGUACUGUAAGUUUGUUGUAUUUCUUGUCAUCGUGUUUUUUAAAUGAAGCUCCUCAUCAAGGUUUUAUGACUUGGGGUUUUUGUAUGAGAAAUUGUAAAUAUUUAUAGAAGAGGAGACAUCCUUGCUUUAACAAUGAAACAUCUGUCAGAAUAGAGUAUUGUACGAUCUUAGAAUCCUGUGUUUGAUCUCACAUCAAAAGGUAGAAAUGAAUGUGAAACAUAGUCUCAGUUUCUAACAUGCAUCCCAGGAAGAUGGACCUUGAUAUUCUCUGAUGUUGUUACGCACAUUUCCUGCCAUUUCUCUUAUGUCUUACUGCUUUUCAUUUUGUCAUUGUGAAGAAAUACAUGCGGCUGGGGGGGGAUGAUGUAACUUUCUUAUGUUGCAAUGUAACAAAAACAACAACAACAAAACUGGUAAAUUAUUACUAUCGUUAUACUGAAAUUUACAACAGUCUCAUCUCAUUUUAUACCCAGAUCAAUAUUGUGGUAUACAUAUAAUGACCCUCAUUAAUCAAGCUUUGGGCCACAUUAUUCUGUCUUAUGACUGGAUGGCCUAACAAAUGUCAUGUGUGAUAUAAGAAAGGAAAUAUUUCUGAAUGUUCAAGCUCCACCACAGAAUGUUACACAUACUGUACCGCCGUUACACGGAGGCUUCCUCCAUAAAGUGGAAGUGUGUUUCUGGCUGUUUUUAUAUAAUAAAUGAAUGUGUCCGUUUGCAUCGUUAGCUGCCCAGUCAUCUUGCUUACUGAGUUUUAGAUUGAUAUAAUUUCCUAACACAUCAUCUUAAUUCCAUUAAAGCAGGCCCUAUAGGCAGUGAGGCUUGGUAAAUGAUCUAUAUGGAUAAUAAACUGACCCGGGCAAAUUAAACAUUGAGAAUAUUUAUGUGAUAGAAUGAAGGCACCACUUGUGUGUGUGUGUGUGUGUGUGUGUGUGUGUUUAUUUGUCUUUUUUUUGUAUCCUGCCACUUGCCUUUCAUCUUUCAUAAGAAAUUACCCCUAAUGUUCACACGUAUCAUUUUGCAGAAAAAAAACAUGUUUUGAGCGAAAAGUGCCUGAUUAAAGUACUUCUG